AUGACUGAUCUUGGCGAGGAAUUUGCUGCUGCGAUGCCCAGACCUACUGGGUCAUCUGGCAGAAGGCUUAAUCCUUACACAGAUGAGUUAAGAUCCAUGUGGAACUGGAGAAAAAUCUUCUCCAAAUUGGGUACACACGACCAGUGUGUUCAGUUUGCGGAGGAGAGGGGACUCAUACCAGUUCAAAAAAUCUGCACUUACCACCGAAAGACAAUGAUUUUAACAAAAGAGUCAGGGCAAGUUGGGAAAUUUAGAUGCAGGAAGUACAACUGCCGCACCAAAACAGUCUCUCGUGCGGCAGGGACUUGGUUUGAAAAUGCACACUUGUCCCUGACUUUAAUCUUUCAAAUCAUGUACGCAUUUAGUGAGGGACUGUCUUACCACCAAACUAGGAAGGAGCUGGCCAGUGAUGUCGGCCUGGUAGUUUCAGACAGAACUGUGGCUAACUGGUUUACUUAUUGCUGGGAAACAAUAGUAUUAUAUGAUUUAGAAAAUCAAAGGGCCCAAGGGAAGAUAGGGGGCCCUAAUAAAAUCGUUCAAAUAAAUGAAACAAAAUUUGGAAAAAGAAAGUAUAACCGGGGGGGACAUAUUGAAGGACAUUGGGUGAUUGGCAUGAUAGAAGAUGGCAAUGACGAUCUGCGGCUUGAGGUGUGUCCCGAUAAUGAAAGGUCUGCGGACAUAUUGGUGCCACUCAUUACAAAACAUGUCCAGGAAGGCUCCAUCAUUCACACAGAUAAUUGGAGAGCAUAUCUGAGCCUUCCUGAGCAUGGUUAUAUUCAUAAAAAAGUUGACCAUAGCGAUCAAUUUGUGGCACCAGACGGGACACACACUCAGCGUAUUAAGAGCCAGUGGAGAGGGCCGCGCCGACCCCGGCAGCGCCAUGCAUAUGAAGAGCUGAUACGUGCAAUUAAAUAUGUAUAUAAAAUAGAAUAA